AUGUUUUCGCCAGUCUCCUCGUUGUUGACAAAGCUCUGGCGAUGAUGCGUCUCUCGCUUCCUGAAAGAGAAAAUGAUGCUGGACUUCCGGGAUGCUGAGCAGUACCAGUGAUGCUGUAAAUAUGAGGGGGGAGGACCAGAGGGCUCUGAGCAAUUUUUUUUAUUUACUCGGUGUCAAUGCGAUCAAUGGCCUCAAAGACACCAGUUGGGUUUAUUGGUCUGGGAAACAUGGGCAGUCCCAUGGCCAAAAACCUGUUAAAAAAUGGUUAUCCUGUCAUUGCUACCGAUGUCUUCCCUCAAUCUUGCAAGGAGCUGCAGGACAUUGGUGCCCAGGUCGUGGACUCUCCGGCAGAGGUUGCAGAGAAAGCAGACCGCAUCAUCACAAUGUUACCUUCUAGUCCCAACGUCAUAGAAGUCUACACAGGUCCAAAUGGCAUCCUCAAGAAAGUGAAGAAGGGGACGUUGUUAAUUGACUCCUCCACAAUUGAUCCUGCUGUCUCCAGAGAAAUGGCAGUUGCUGCAGAGAAGAAGGGUGCUGUGUUCAUGGAUGCCCCAGUGUCAGGAGGUGUUGGGGCUGCCAGCAUGGCCAAACUGACUUUCAUGGUAGGCGGAGUGGUUGAGGAGUACAAUGCAGCGAAGGAGCUGCUCACCUGCAUGGGAGCCAAUGUUAUCUACUGUGGACAGGUCGGCACUGGACAGGCAGCUAAAAUCUGCAACAAUAUGCUGCUGGCAAUUGGGAUGAUUGGGACCGCAGAGACCAUGAACCUUGGUAUCAGACUGGGUUUAGAUCCCAAGCUGUUGGCAAAAAUCCUAAAUAUGUCCUCAGGGUGUUGCUGGUCCAGCGACAAGUACAACCCCGUCCCUGGAGUAAUGGACGGAGUCCCCUCUGCCAACAACUACCAGGGUGGCUUUGGAACCACAUUAAUGGCUAAGGAUCUUGGUUUGGCACAAAACACUGCCACCAACACUAAGACACCCAUCCCUCUGGGUUCCCUCGCCCACCAGAUCUACCGAGUCAUGUGCUCUCGUGGCUACGCUAAUAAGGAUUUCUCAUCUGUGUUCCAGUUUCUCCGUGAGGAGGAAGGACAAUGAAUGGAAGAGCACAGCUGACUCUGCUGUUACAAUGCACACAAACACACAUAAGAUGCACACACACACACACACACACCCCUGUGCCCCUUAUCCCACUAUGCUCAGGAGAUACUAGGGCCUUGCACUCAAUCACAGAUUUGCGGCCCAGUUUGCAUAACAUUUCAACCCAUGUCCCCUCAUUACAUUAGCUGAACCAUAUUUUCAAUUUAUGCUCCUCUGUCUACAUGGAGGAAAUCAUAAAACUGACUCUGAUCAGGUUUACAUGUAACAUUGAAAACAAUAUGUGGUUUUCAGGGUGAUAAGUGAUAACUACAUUAUGUAGAAGUUUAAUUCUGUUUUUAUGUUUGGUUAGUUCCUUUUUUCUUUUGCAGGGGGAUUUGUGCUGUUUGCGUGUUACCCUGUUACCCAGAUUACCUCAGCCUGUUUAUAUUAAACUACAGAGGUCAGAAGAAACAGUAAGGAUUCACAUAAUGAUGGAAAUGUAAUUCUCAGAGAAUGCAGAGGUUGCUUCAUACUUACAGUGCCCACAUACCAGUACUACACCUAAGGUUACAAAAUGUACCCACCUUUUUGGCUCACUAUUUGCUGAGUUUGUUACAUUUUUUUUGUUUGUUUUUUGACUGGAAGUUGGUACCAUUCGGUCUUCCUGUCAGCACACAUACUUUCAUUUCCUCAUUUCAUUACUCAGUAGUUAAUUAAUAAUUUUUUUUUGUUUUUACCUCAUGAGUACUUUAAAGGUACAGUAAUUUUGCUUCUGUGCUACACCAUUUAAGUAUUUACUCAGUUUAUUGACAGGUUCUGCUCUACUGUACUGUGAAAUAAAUAUCUGGAUAUUUUUGCACCAUGUGCAUCGCAGUGCGACGUGCUGGGCCGUUUUGAUAGUUACAGAACCUCUUUGAACUUCUUUUCUCUACUGUCUAUCUGCUUAUUGAGCCACUGAAGUAUUAUUUUGUGACCAAUGCUGUUUAAACGUUUUCUAAUCACUACAAAAUAUGCUGUCAAGCACCUUCUUAAGUUCAUGUUUCUCCUCUGUCGCUCCUUCUAUGCGUGUAUGACAAUCUGUGUAAAGUCAGAGAGGAAUGGUUCCUCCCUGCUGUAUGUAUGUUUCAUAUUAUUAUGUAGCAAUGAAGAGGAAUCUAAAUUUACUCUCACUUUUUUUUUUUUUUUUUUGGGUAGUAAAGUUCAUGAAUAGUCUGCAGUUU